AUGCCAGACGCUUUUUCUUUCAUUCCCACUGUCAAUUUUGGUUUUCGGGAAGAUUUUCUUUCUUUCUUUCUUUUUCUCUUUUCAUCCCUUAUUUAUUACUUUUUCACCCUCUCUUCAUUUUCUUUCCUUACUUUAUUCGUUUGCUUCCUUUUCUUUCCACUCAUAAUCUUUCCUAAUAUUUCUCUCUUCUUUUUCCACUUUCAAUUAUUCCUUCUUCCUUCAAACUUCCCACAUCUUAAAGCCGCUGCCGUAUUUGCUCAGAUUUCUUUUUCUCUCUAUUAUUGUCUUUUUUUGUACUAUCUACUCUCUCUCUCUCUCUCUUCUCUCUGUUUUUCUCUCAUUUCACUCUUCCUCUCUCUAUCUUUUUUCUUUUUCUCUCUCUCUCUCUCUCUCUCACUUAUUCUCUUUCUUGUACUAUCUACUCUCUCUCUCUCUCUUCUCUGUUUUUCUCUCAUUUCACUCUUCCUCUCUCUAUCUUUUUUCUUUUUCUCUCUCUCUCUCUCACUUAUUCUCUUUCUUGUACUAUCUACUCUCUCUCUCUCUCUCUCUUCUCUGUUUUUCUCUCAUUUCACUCUUCCUCUCUCUAUCUUUUUUCUUUUUCUCUCUCUCUCUCACUUAUUCUCUUUCUUGUACUAUCUACUCUCUCUCUCUCUCUCUCUUCUCUGUUUUUUCUCUCAUUUCCUCUUCCUCUCUCUAUCUUUUUUUCUUUUUCUCUCUCUCACUUAUUCUCUUUCUUGUACUAUCUCUCUCUCUCUCUCUCUCUCUCUCCUCUGUUUUUCUCUCAUUUCCUCUUCCUCUCUCUAUCUUUUUCCUUUUUCUCUCUCUCACUUAUUCUCUUUCUUGUACUAUCUCUCUCUCUCUCUCUCUCCUCUGUUUUUCUCUCAUUUCCUCUUCCUCUCUCUAUCUUUUUUUUUUUCUCUCUCUCACUUAUUCUCUUUCUUGUACUAUCUACUCUCUCUCUCUCUCUCUCUCCUCUGUUUUUCUCUCAUUUCACUCUUCCUCUCUCUAUCUUUUUUCCUUUUCUCUCUCUCUCACUUAUUCUCUUUCUUGUACUAUCUACUCUCUCUCUCUCUCUCUUCUCUGUUUUUCUCUCAUUUCACUCUUCCUCUCUCUAUCUUUUUUCCUUUUCUCUCUCUCUCACUUAUUCUCUUUCUUGUACUAUCUACUCUCUCUCUCUUCUCUAUAUUUUCCCUAUCCAUUUCCUCUAUUCUCUUUUUUACGUAA